UGAAGAAAGAAUAAGGGAAACAGUGAAGGAGGAAAUGAGCCCAGUUGAGGAGACCCUUCCCAGGCACUGGGAUGGAGGAAAACUGCUGCUUGGGCUGGUAAAAAUGGCUGAUGGCGAAGAGGACCCAGCCGUGUUCACCUCCAAUUCUCUGCCCUCGGACCCGCGGCUGCUGGCUACGGUGACGAACGCUUACCUGGGCACCCGCGUGUACCGGGACAUCCUCCAUGUCAACGGCGUGUACAACGGGGCAGCGGGAGACACGCACCGUGCCGACAUCCCCAGCCCCCUCAGCGUGAGGAUGACGGUGCCCGGUGCGGGGAGCCUGGCUGAGACCUUCACCUUGAACACCCGGAUGGGAACCUUCAGCCACAUGCUUCAGGCCGCUGACUACGUGGCCACCCAUCAGAUCUAUGCUCACCAUUCCCUUGUCCACUUGAUGGCCUUCAGCAUCACCAUCCGGCGAGCGGCUCGUGCCACCCAACCCAUCACGGUCCAGCUCCAGACUCCUUUCAUGCCAGAGAGCCAGGACUUGGACCUGAACCAAGGGCCGGACUUCCAGGGAGCGCACUACAUCUACGGGAAGACGCGGGUCCCCGAGGUGGAGGGGGGGCCCCGUCCCACAGUUCACAUGCUCUGGACUCCCGUGCCACAAUCCUUGACAUUGCAUGGGGAGGAGCGGGAGCAAUCCUGGGAGUUCCUGACGGCUGUGGCUGAGAGCGAGGAGGAGGUGAAGAGGAGCUACAGCGAAGGGCUGGCCCUCAUUGCCGCUGGCUCCCUGCACUCCUCGCACACCCGCGCCUGGGCUGCGCUGUGGGGGGGCUGCUGCCUCGACCUGGAUGGGCCCCUGCCUUUGAGACAGGCACUCUACGGCUGCCUCUACUACCUGCUGAGUGCCAUCCCGCCCCGCGGCAGCCCUGCCUUCCUCUUCCACGGCAUCAGCCCCGGCGGCUUGUCCAACGGCACUCGGGGCGAGGACUACUGGGGACACGUCUUCUGGGACCAGGACACCUGGAUGUUCCCGAACAUUCUGCUGUUUUAUCCUGAAGCUGCCCGAGCCAUCCUGGAGUACCGGAUCCGCACGCUGGAAGGAGCCUUACGCAAUGCGCAGGAGCAGGGCUACGAGGGUGCGAAGUUCCCAUGGGAGAGUGCAGCCACUGGCCGGGAAGUUUGCCCUGAGGAGAUCUACGGAGCCCAGGAAAUCCAUAUCACUGGGGACGUUCUGAUGGCCUUUGAGCAGUAUUACUGCACCACGCAGGACCAAAAGCUGUUCCGGGAGGAUGGAGGCUGGAAGCUGGUGGGGGCUGUGGCUCAGUACUGGUGCAGCAGGAUGGUGUGGAGCGAGGAGGAGCAGUGCUACCACAUCAGAGGUGUCAUGCCCCCAGAUGAGUAUCAUUACCGGGUUGAUAACUCUGUUUACACCAACGCCGUGGCCCAGCGGAGCUUAAAUUUUGCAGCUGAUGUUGCUCGGGACUUCUUGAUCCCAGUGCCAGAGGAGUGGGUGGACUGUGCCAAGAAAGUCAAAGUGCCCUUUGAUGCGGAGAAGAAAUAUCACCCUGAGUAUGAUGGUUACAGCCCAGGUGAGCCUGUAAAACAAGCUGACGUGGUCUUGCUUGGGUUCCCACUGAUGCACCCCAUGAGCUCUGAAGUCCGGAGAAAUGACCUGGAGAUGUAUGAACCUGUCACAGAGCUGGCUGGGCCAGCCAUGACCUGGAGCAUGUUUGCUGUGGGCUGGCUGGAGCUAAAGGAGGUGCAAAGAGCCCAGAGCCAACUCAACAAGUGUUUCAGCAACAUCACGGAGCCCUUCAAGAUCUGGGUGGAGAACUCGGAUGGAUCAGGAGCUGUGAACUUCUUGACAGGGAUGGGUGGAUUCCUGCAAGCUGUCCUCUUUGGCUACACAGGAUUCAGGAUCACAAGGUCCAGCCUCCGCUUCGACCCAGCCUUUCCCCAUGAUGUCAACAAGUUGAAAGUCACCGGCGUCUCCUACUUUGGCAACAAACUGACGUUCACCAUCACCAAAGAAGAGCUCAGGAUUGAAGUGACCUCGUCUCCCCAGGACCCUCGGGCACCUCCCCUGGAAGCUGUGCUGGAGGAGUCGGGGCAGCAGUUUCCCCUGCGUGAAGGGCAGAGUGUCUCUUUCCCCACCGCGGCUGGCUGGAUUCAGAGGUCGUCCACUGAGACAUUUUAAACCUUGGCUGGUCCAGGUUUUACCCACUGAAGCAGCAGGAAGAAGUCGAAGAGCAGAUGUUGGCAGAGGGGGAAGGUAGAGGUGGGUGGAAGGGGGGGUCCCAGCUGGGCCACAAACCCUCUGGGACUCAGCAGCUCCCUGAGUGAUGCUGAGCAUCCUUGUCGGUGCUGACUCCUGUUCACACGCCUUCAACACCUCUCACUUAGCAGAGGAGAUGAAAUCAAGCAUGAAAGCGACUGUUUUAAAUGAGUUUUCUAAAUACCCAUCACUUGUUUAUGCACUCAGAGGGACGUCCCUAGCUGAAUGGAUCUGGUCGUAGCCCAGCCCCUGCCUGCGCUGACUCCCAGCUCCUCCAGUACCUCCUGGCUUGGUUCUUGCCUCCUCCCGGGCCCACUGCCUCACUCUGGGGACUCAAAGGGCUGGGGGUCUCAGCCACCUCUGCUUCGCGGUGUCAGCCCUGAUGCCAGUGAGCAAAAAGAGGGGGAUCAAUAGGCUGAGCAGCCGCAACCCCCCCAAUCCUGCUGACCCCCAUAAUGAGGAACUCUGCAAAGACUGCGUGGGGCAGCAGGCAGAGUGGGCAGAAGUAAGGCUGGAGCUGAGCAUUAUUUUGCACUAAUAUUGAACACCAAAUCCACAGCCAAAAUCAUUUUAGCCCUCUCGGCACAGCACACAGCUCCUUUU